CUCGUGCUGUGCCACACCUCAGUGCCUGUAAUUGCUUUCUUUUCUCCUCGGGUGGGAAAUGCUAAUCUCGGAAAGUCAUUUGCCUCUCUUCCGGUCAGAUCGAUCUUAUUCUCUGCAGAAAAUCUGAGAAAGGAGAAAGCAAAAAAAAAAGAAUGCUAAUCGGCUCUCGCAUAGGUGCGGUCGUUUCGUCAAUUGUUUCAGUGUAUCCUCACGAGAUCUCCGCAUUACUCCACUCUUCCUCGUGUUUUUUCUUUAUUUUGAGUGCAUAUUUUGUUGUUCUUCCAUUACGUGAUGAAGGUGCAAUAUCUUUAGGUCUAACAAAGCUCCCCGAGCUCUUUGUUGGAUCAUUAGCUCUUACAUUGGUGGCUGCCCCUGUUUCUACAAUUAUCUUCUCAUUGCAAAACCUUUCCAAAGGGAAAGCUUUGUUUUUGAUACACAGGUUUUUUAGUGUCUCUCUUGUUGUGUUCUUCAUUCUCUGGCAUUCUUCCUCUGCUGCUGCUUCACCUUUUGGUAUUAAGGUUUCUGCUUCUCAGCCCUCCAAUUUUAAGGAUGAUCCAAAGCUCGAUGUUAAUCAAGAACGUCCUACAGAUUCUGGAGGUUGGAGUAACCAUGGAUGGUUUUACAGUUCAGUCAGAAUUGGCUUGUUCCUAUGGGUUGCACUGCUUAAUCUUAUUACUAUUUCUUCAACUUGGGCUAGAAUAAUUGAUGUUAUGGACAGUGAGUCAGGUUCAAGAUUGUUUGGGUUCAUUGGUGCUGGUGCUACACUUGGACAGCUUUUUGGUUCAUUGUUUGCUGCAGCAAUGGCUUGGUUGGGACCUUUUUUACUCCUCUUUGCUGCUCUUCUGAUGGAGCUUGCAGCACAGGCAUCGAAAGGCAUCAACCAGGAUCUACCCCAUGACUCUGAAGAACUAUGUUCCAUGAGAGAAACUGAUUCUAAUCAAUAUAGUGUGACUGAUGAAAAAACAAAACCUGCUUUGGAAAGAUCUUCCCCCAAGUCAUCUACUUCUGCCAUCAAGCCUAAGUUUUGGGUCAUGCUAGAUGGACUACAGCUGAUAAUGUCAUCAAGCUACCUCCUCCAUGUUUCUUUAUUCCUAUGGCUGGGUGCGGUCGUCUCUUCCUUCUUCUAUUUUCAAAAAGUAACUGUCAUUGCCAUGACUGUUGCUAGUUCCGUUGGUCGAAGAAAGUUGUUUGCACAGAUCAAUAGCUUUAUUGCUGUUUUUAUACUUACUGGACAACUUACUCUAACAGGGCGUAUUCUUACAAUUGCUGGGGUUACUAUAGCUCUUUGCUCAGCUCCAUUUGUUGCUUUAUCAAAUAUGUUAGCAAUUGUCAUCUGGCCAACUUGGACUGCUGUUGCUAUUUCUGAGACUAUGAGGAAGGUUGUUACAUACGUUGUAACCAGACCUGGAAGGGAACUCUUAUUCACUGUUGUAUCACAGGAAGAGAAGUACAAAGCCAAGGUAUGUAUAGAUGUAAUCGUUCAAAGGCUUGGAGAUGCUACAGCUGCAGGAGUGUACAAGCUGCUUUUUGGCACUUUUAAUAGGAGCACAUCAAUUGUUUCUCUCUAUGGUUUGCCUGUCUGUUUCUUGUGGAUUAUUAUAGCAUUCCAUUUGGGACGUCGCCAAGAGCAACUGUCCAGGCUCCAGAUUGUAUCCACAACGUAAUAUUUUCUAAGAGGAUGAGAAAAACUGAGGCAGACUAUUUUUCAUGUAUAGGGAGAUUGCGGAGCUCUUAAAAGUAUCUCAUUAUCGAUGAUAUUAAUUUUAGAAGGGUGCUACUUCCAGCACGAUGGUCCUGUCAGUGCAGGAGCGUAAAACCAUAAAACACGGGUCUUUUAAUAAUAAUAACACCCUUAUUGCGCUUUGUCAUUUUGUAUUUUAUAGUCCAUAACAGCCGGUCAGCUAUAAUGCAAGGGUUAGAGGUUUGUUAGUUCAUAGCA